UUACGAGGCAGUUAAUGGGAGUCUCGAAGUCACCGUCUGAAAGUGCCAUUGCCGCGCGUAAGUGCAGGGGAAGAAAUAUUGAAACAUUCGCCCGACGCCAUUGUUGCCAGCAUUUGCGAGAUAUACAAAUUUUGUUUAAUUAUAUAUUUCCGGAGAAAGAGAAUCAAACGACAGAGAAGAUAUUGUUGUCUUGUUUGGAUUCGUCCCUGCAAACAAAACUCUUUCUUCUCAGCUCUGUUGUGCGAGGUAGAGAGAGAGGGCAGCUGGUUCUGAUCCAGAGACCUCUCUCUCUCUCUUCAUUUUUCUCUCUGUCUAUCUCUAGCUAUCUUUCUCUCUGUUUGUAACUCGCUUAUUCGUAUUGGAACAGCCAGAAAAAGCGAAUAGGGUUUCUAUCACUAUCAGUUUGUGAUUUGGGUUUUGAUCACAUACGAUUUUUUAUUAGUGGGUAGGAAUCCAAAUUAGAUUCUUUCUUUCUUUCUUUCUUUCUUUCUUUUUUUCUUUCUUUCUUUCUUCUUCGCAUUGUUAUGGCACAGAAUAACAAUAAACCCAAGAGGCUCUACCAAACUUGGAGAGGCAACAACAGAUUUUUCUGUGGUGGAAGAUUGAUAUUUGGCCCUGAUGUGGCAUCAUUGUUUCUAUCGGUAUUUCUGAUUGCUGGCCCCGCCAUUACUUUCUGUAUAAAUAUGUACACUAAGAUCAAAGGUGAUACCAGCCAUGCUGAUGAUUCUUAUCCAAUUUUGGUUGUGGCCGUAGCACUCACUAUAUUAGACUUAACAUUUCUCUUUAUAACCUCCGGUAGAGAUCCAGGAAUAGUUCCUAGAAAUUCAAGUCCUCCUGAGUCAGAUGAAGUAUUGGAUAUGACUACCCCAUCUAUGGAGUGGGUCCAUGGCAGAACUCCCCACAUGAAACUACCCCGGACCAAAGAUGUGAUUGUAAAUGGCCAUGCAGUGAAAGUCAAGUACUGUGACACUUGUUUGCUUUACCGCCUGCCCCGUUCUUCUCAUUGUUCAAUCUGUAACAACUGUGUUCAGCGAUUUGAUCAUCACUGCCCAUGGGUUGGUCAGUGUAUUGGAAUACGCAACUACCGGUUCUUCUUCAUGUUUAUAUCGAUAUCAACUCUGUUGUGUGUAUAUGUCUUUGUCUUUUCCUGGAUCAACAUCAUUGAAAAAAAGAAAAGUAAACACUUCAGUAUUUGGAGGGCCAUGUCAGAAGAUAUCCCCUCAGAUUUUCUUAUAGUUUACUGCUUCAUAGCUGUGUGGUUUGUCGGUGGGCUGACGGUAUUUCAUUUCUAUCUGAUUUGCACAAACCAGACUACCUAUGAAAACUUUCGUUACCAAUAUGAUAAGAAAGAGAAUCCAUAUAACAGAGGGACUAUAGGGAAUAUCAGUGAAGUUUUUUUCUCGAGAAUUCCAUCAUCAUUGAAUAAGUUCAGAUCAUUCAUGGAGGAAGAGGGAAAAACAGUAGUCAGAAAUGAACCUCUAAAUCUCGAGGAGGGUGGAGUAAGCUCAAAGGAAAAGAUUGACAUUGAGAUGGGAAGUAAGCUUAUGGAGCACAGUGGAUAUUCGCUUCCUGAAAUUUUGCGAAAUUUGGAUUAUGAUGAUUUGGAAGAUGGUUUGAAGAUGAAGGGGGAAGAGGAAACACAUCCAUUUGAUUCGUUUUUGACUGUUGUGCAAGAUGAGGAAAAAUCUUUGGAAUUUCCCUUUAUUAGAGAUCAGGCAACAAGUUCUAUACAAUGCUCGGAAGCUGGAGAUGAUGUUGGAGCAUCUGCACGAAGCUCUGCUGGUAAAGAUGGUCCCAGAGAAUCUAUUGCAAAGGAUACUAUUGCAAGCGGAGAACUUGACGAUCGGCUUAACUCCUGUCAAUCUAUGUCGCCAAUUCAUGUAUAGAAGGUUCAUGGACACUUUGAAGCAAGCAUGGAAGAUAUAAAACUUUCCUUUUUCUUUUCUUCUGCAACUGCAUUAAGGUAUAAACAUUUUUGGAGUGCGGUUUUCGUGGAGCCUGGGAAGAUGUCUGCCCGGAAAUCAAGGAAUUCCGCGGAGAUGCUCUUCGGCUAUCUUCACUGUCUCAUGUUUGGAGUUCAUGUUUGUUUGUAAGUUGCAUAUGUACAAGUAUAUGCUGAAAAGUAUGUAAGGAUUGUCUAUAAGGAUGAAGAUACCUAGAUUACCCACUCUUCCCCAAAGAAAAAGAAAAUUUUAGUUUUUGAAUGGGAAAAAAAAAAAAAAAUGAAGUGAAAGCAAUGACUUGGUUGUGUAA